AUGCUUACCGGCAACUGCCAGGCAAUUUCUGCGAUAUGUCUUGGAAGCAUGACAUAUGGCUACAUUCUCAGCAUCAUCUCGACGACUCUUGGCCAGCCCCACUUUUAUACUUAUUUUGGCCUGGUAGCUGAUCCUACGGCUAGCAACUACUCUUAUACUGCCAGCAUCAUCGGUGCUAUUAAUGGCCUAUUGUCUGCAGGUGGCGUGUUCGGUUCCUGUUUCAUGGCAUGGAUGAGCGAAGCUCGUGGCCGUAAGCCUUCGCUUGUGGCUGCAACCGUUGUGGCACUGGUCGGGUGCAUUUUGCAGACCGCAUCAGUCCAUAUUGCCAUGUUUCUGGUGGCCAGAUUUGUUACUGGCCUAGGAGCAGGGAUGCUCAUCACACUGGUUCCCAUUUUCCAGGCCGAGAUUUCCCCUCCUUCGACUCGAGGAUUCUUCGUGGCCCAGAAUGGUGUCAUUAUUGUUUCUGCAUAUUCAAUUGCAGCGUGGGUUGGUGUGGGUUGCUACUAUGCGACCAACCCAGACUUUCAAUGGCGAUUUCCCCUGGCUUUGCAGUGCUUGUGGCCGCUCCUAAUGCUGAUCGCAAUGCCGGUGAUUCCUGAGUCACCCCGUUGGAUGCUGUUCCAAGACCGUCGAGACGAAGCUUGGAACAUAAUCUCCAAGUUACAUGGCGCCAGCAGUAGUCAACAAUUGUUUGCUCGGGAGGAAUUUUACCAGAUUUCACGACAAGCGGAGGCUGACAAGCUCUUGAGAGCUCAGGAAGGUCUGCUCGAUCUAUUUCGCAAGCCGAGCUAUCGCAAAAGAAUGUUUUGUGCUUUCGUCACCAUGUUUGCUGCACAGGGUUCCGGUAAUCUCGUCAUCUACAGUGAGUCCUCCUUAAACCGAACUCUCGCGCGUGCUAACAUCCUUAACGACUACAGCGUCCUCCUUUACCAGGGCCUGGGGCAGACCGGUGGCGUGCCGCUUAUCUUGGGAGCGUCGUACUGCACUAUCGCUGCGGUCCUCAACUACGUAUGUGCACUGCUAAUCGACAGAGUCGGAAGGGUCCGACUAAUGAUCAUUGGUCUCAUCGGUUGUAUCCUAUGUCUCGCAAUAGAGUCAGCUCUAGUUGCCGAAUAUGCCGGGACGGACAACAAAGCUGGUCUAAGCGCAGGCGUAUUCAUCCUCUUCUUUUACAUCCUUUUCUACGCGGGCUGCAUAGAUGCCACCACCUACGUGUACUGCGCGGAGAUCUUUCCGACACACAUCCGGGCCAAAGGCAUGGCUUUCUCGAUUAUCGUACUCUACGCAUGUACUAUUCCUUAUCUUCAGGCGGCUCCGUACGCCUUUGCAUCAAUUGGCUGGAAGUACUAUCUUGUCUUCAUCUCUUUGACAACGCUCUGUGUCCCCAUCAUCUUGAUGACCUUUCCAGAGACGAAGGGGUUCUCUUUAGAAGAAAUCAACGAGAAAUUCGGCGACCAGGUCGAGGUCCACCUCACUCACAUCACAACCGAGGAGAAAGUUGUACUGGAUAUAGAAGUUGAAUCCAACGACCGUGGCGCUGCCGGUGCAGAAGUUGGAACUUCUCUGGCUAAGGAGUCAGAUCAGGGGCACAGUCACUACGAAAACCUAGUCACCACUCCUGCCAAGAUCUAG